AUAAUAAUUACAAAAUUAAAUUAGCAUCAGGGGAUUUGAGUGUCGAAGCAUGUCAACCGAAUCCUUGCCAAUACAAUGGCAAGUGCAUUGCCAACAAUGGAAGCAGUUACUGUCAAUGUCUGGGCCAUUACACUGGAAGAUUUUGUGGUCUAAAUAUGUGUGAACUAGAUCCCUGUGUCUUUGGCCGAUGUGAAUUGACAGCAAAUAAUUUCAAGUGCCAUUGUCAAGCUGGUUAUAUGGGUACAACGUGUGAACAAAAACAAAAGCCCUGCUCGGAGAAUCCCUGUGAAGGUCGUGGUGUUUGCAUUGAAAAGAAUGGCGGUUUCUUUUGUCGCUGUUAUGCCUGGUGGGAGGGACAUCGCUGUGAGAAACGUAUGCUGCAUAUACCCUAUAAGCCGUUGUCGGAACGCAUGCUGCAAGAGCCCUUUUGGCUAGGUCUUAUUACAGUAUUUGUUGUUCUGGCUGUUAUCGGCUUGGUAUGGUGUGCCAAACGACAUUUUCCGGAGAAAAUUGAAAAACUCUUGGCCGAGGAAGCCGAUCGGAAUCGAC